AUGGCUCGUACCAAGCAAACUGCGCGUAAGUCCACCGGUGGAAAAGCCCCCCGUAAACAGUUGGCGACUAAGGCUGCUCGCAAGAGUGCUCCAGCGACCGGCGGAGUUAAGAAGCCUCACCGCUACAGGCCUGGAACCGUAGCUCUUCGUGAAAUUCGUCGUUACCAGAAGAGCACCGAACUUCUCAUCCGCAAGCUGCCUUUCCAACGACUCGUUCGUGAAAUCGCUCAGGACUUCAAAACCGACCUUCGUUUCCAAAGUUCCGCUAACUUCAGCAGCCAAGACUUCAAAACCGACCUUCGUUUCCAAAGUUCCGCUGUAAUGGCUCUCCAAGAAGCAAGCGAAGCUUACUUGGUUGGUCUUUUCGAAGACACCAACUUGUGCGCCAUUCACGCAAAGAGAGUAACCAUUAUGCCAAAAGACAUCCAACUCGCACGCCGUAUUCGAGGUGAACGUGCUUAAGUCUAUUUUAGACAUCACAACGGCCCUUUUCAGGGCCAUCAAAAAAUAACGAAGGCUCUAAUUCCGAUCACAAAUACUUUUUGUCAUGAGAGCGUAAUAAUGAGACGUUCUUUUUUUCUGUAAUUUUAUUGAAAUUUCAUUUUUUUUCUCCAUCAAAAGCCACGGUAAUGGUAUCACAUCACGUAAUAAAUCUUCAGUGCAACACUCGCUCUCCUCCAAAAUCGAGAAAUUGCAGUAAAGAAAGAAUGAAUUGCAACAUUAGUGGAGCCAAAAUUCAGACUUCAUAUUUGAAAAUUUUUUCUUGGGUUCUAACUAAAAACACAAAACUAAAUUUAGUUUCCAAUACUGAAUUAUGUAUUAUGGUGUGGACUCGAGUCACUACAUAAUUGUAAUCCCGACAGCGAGGCGGGAAAUAUAAUUCAUGACAAUUAUAUAUGUUUGGAAAAAAACUAAAAGAAAUCUCGGAGCCGAAAAUUGCAAAUCAAAUUAGUUUAAACUCAAUCCCAAAUCUGCACGAAUAUCUUCAACGAGACAGUCAUUACCUUUCAACAUCAAUGAAUGUUACUCAACAGAUUCUAGUCUUUCGUUCAAGUGGGAAAAACUAAAAGUGUUGCGAAGUUGGUAUUAACAAUUUACAUAAUCCAACAUUAGUAAAAGCAAUGUUACUUGAUGUCAGGGAAAUUUUUUAUCAAUAUACAUCUGUAUAUCUUGUAUAUGACAGCAACAAAA